CUUUUGUCCACCUCGACUAUACGGCGCACCACCAAACAUCGCGCUCUGCCAUAGUCGACAUCAACUGAUCCUCUCAUCCCUCCUCUUUGUCGACUUGCUUCCUUUCGCUCCAUUGUUGCCCCGAGUCGUCCAAAGACGAUGCCGGCUGUGCACUCGAAGCCGGUGGCAGGUGGCCUACCCACCUGGCUCUCCAGCCAUCCAGCAGCCAAACCUACUGUCCUCUCUCUCUUGCUCCUCCUCAUCUUCGCUCGAAAGAGGCUGACGGCGCUGGUACCAACUGCUGUAGCCAAGGCAGCCCCCAAAUCUCGCGAAGGUGGUAGCCUGGAUGAUUCCGCUAUGGACCACGCUUUGGAGCAGGUCUACCUCCCCAGCAGCGAUCCCGCCCGGGACGACUCGUACGAUUUACUGGUGCCGCAUAGAGGAAGGAUAUCCAAGGUCAAGGUCAGACCGACCAAGAGCUCCACUUUCAACACACACUUUGCCGACUUUAAGAAGUUGCCGCCGGUUGCAGGUGCUACAAAGGCUAGCAAGAAGAAGGCGGAGAAGGAGAUGUCAGAGGCAGAUCAGCAGGAGGCAAGGAGGCAAGAGAAUCAGGCGGUGAGGGCCGAAGGAGGAGCGGCGGCUGCUAGCGCAAAGAAGGUGGGAGUGAAUGCAGAGUUCCUGAGGCAGCUCAAAGCGCUAUUCCGUAUUAUGAUCCCUCGUAAUAAUGCAAAAGAAGUGUUCAUCUUCGCUCUCCAUACAUCGUUCCUGAUCUUGAGGACCUACCUGAGUGUUCUGGUCGCUCGUCUCGAUGGUCGCCUCGUCAGAGAUCUCGUCUCAGCCAAUGGACAGGGCUUCCUGAGAGGUCUCGGUCUGUGGUUCCUUCUCGCCAUUCCUUCAACCUAUACCAACUCUAUGAUCCGCUAUCUGCAGACUAAGCUCGCAAUCUCCUUUAGAACCAGGAUGAUGCGGUACAUCCAUGACCUGUACCUGAAUGACGGACGCAACUUCUACAAGGUCAUGAACCUGGACAGUCGUAUCAACGGAGUUGAUCAGUUCAUCACUUCCGACGUAGCACAGUUCUGCUCAGCUCUGGCUGCGCUUUACUCUAACAUCUCGAAGCCAGUGCUGGACAUGAUCGUCUUCAACUACCAGCUAGCAUCGAAUCUCGGAUGGAAAGGUCAAUUUGCGCUCUUUGGCAACUACAUUAUCACGGGCUGGAUCUUGAGAAAGGCCACUCCGGCCUUCGGUAAGCUGGCAGCUUUGGAAGCCAAGCUAGAAGGUGACUUCAGGGCGGCUCACUCAAGAUUGAUCAUCAAUGCCGAGGAGAUCAGCUUCUAUGGUGGAGCAAAGACGGAGCUUUCCAUCCUCAAUAGGGCCUUCUUGAGACUAGUGAAGCACGUGAGCUCGAUUCUCAAGGUGCGAAUUGCCUUCAACAUGUGCGAGGAUUUCGUGCUCAAGUAUGCCUGGUCUGCCGCUGGAUACGUGAUCAUCGCCUCGCCGUUCCUCUUCGGCCUGAAGCCCGGUCAAUCCUCGUCCCGCCCAGUCGCCGAGAAGGCGCAUACUUCCAGUGAAGAGGAGAACCACGCAGGAGUCGCCCAGAAGACCGAAAGCUACAUCUCGAACCGUCGCCUUCUGCUGUCUCUGGCAGACGCAGGAUCGAGGUUGAUGUACAGCUACAAGGAGCUGGCAGAGCUUUCUGGGUACACAAAUCGAGUCUACACCCUCGUCAGUACCCUGCAUCUGCUCAACAAGAAUGAGUUCGAGAGCGCAGAACGGCCUGUGGACAUUGCCGCUGACGAGCCAUGGUAUGACAUGAGCAAUAUCUCCGGCAAGAUGAUCAUGGGAGACGAGUCCAUCAGUUUCGACAAUGUCCCCAUCGUUGCCCCCGCCCCUGGCUCGGCACGAGGUGGAGAGCGCCUAGUGAAGGACCUCUCCCUCGUGAUGAACCCAGGUACCCACAUUCUCCUCACUGGUGCCAACGGAGUCGGCAAAUCCGCCGUAGCCCGAGUCAUUGCAGGUCUCUGGCCCGUCUGGUCCGGGGAAUUGAAGAGGCCAUCGAAGAGAGAUAUCUUCUUCCUCCCUCAACGGCCGUACCUCUCCGCUGGAUCACUACGAGAGCAGGUUCUAUACCCCACGACUUUUCCUGAAUGGAAGGCCGGCGGGGGUUCGGAUUCUGAACUGAUGAAGAUUCUAAAGGAGGUGAAUCUGGCGUACUUGCCUGAUCGAGAGGGUGGAUGGGAGACGAGAAAGGAGUGGAAGGACGUUUUGAGCGGAGGCGAGAAGCAGAGGAUCAACUUUGCUAGACUGCUCUUCCACAAGCCAAAGCUCGCUGUACUGGACGAAUGUACCUCGGCAGUCUCCACAGACGUCGAAGGCGGCAUGUACGCCACGGCCAAGGCCACCGGCAUCUCCCUCCUAACCAUCUCCACGCGUCUCACCCUUCUCAAAUACCACGACGUCCUUCUCCGCCUCACCGGCGAGACGGGCGAAGAUGAAGCUCAUCCUUCUUGGGAACUCGAAGUCCUUUCUGGCAAGGGAGGAGGAGAGGGGGGAGAGGAUGAUGGACCAAAGGGAUUGCAAGAGGAGAAGCGGGAGUUGAAGAAGAAGCUGGCGGAGGAGGAGGGAUGGAAGAAGAGGCUAGAGGAGAUCAAGAAGGAGAUGGAAGCUCUCAAGUGAGAGUGGUUUGAGUGUAAUAGUGUGGUGACAGUUGCCCUGUGGGGAUAGACGGAAUGCACGAGUCCUUGUUCUCCCUCGUAGUCUUAUGCAGUUAUAGAUCGAAGAGAGAUCCCCGAGAGUUGAAUAUGAGCAGAUGAUAUCAUUAUGCCUCUGGAUCAAUCGUCUAGAAAAAGAGAAAGGGGCUACAAGCUACAUAUGUAAUAAAGUGAUAGAAGACGCCGCCUUUUACAGCUUGUACUGCUCCUCGAUCAUCCUCGAGAUGAUCAACCUCUGAAUCUGCGAAGUUCCCUCGUAGAGCUCAAAGAUCUUAGCAUCACGGUACAGCUUCUCGACUGGCGACUCGGAAUUGAAUCCCAUUCCACCAUACACCUGCACGGCUCGAUCGGCAUUGGCUACGGCAGCACGCGAGGCGAGACACUUGGCAAUGGAGGCAUAGUAGGAGUUUCGUAGUCCGUGAUCCUUUUGCCAACAACUCUUCCAGA